CAGCAAAGUGAUUUGUGAUUUUUAACAUCUAUCUGAUGUAUUUAGAUGUCUCCUCGUCUAUAAAGCGAAAACUCAGUAGGAAAGAAUUUGAGUAGAAGCAGAUCGCGGAGGAAAGUUUUGCUCUUCCACCUCUUUUUAAGACGUCGUACCCAUGGGGAAGCUGGGAUGACGAGAUGCUAAGAUGGAUUCGAAAACCCGUCUCGGCUAAGAAUGGUGUUUGUUUCUUCCUGUCUGCAAGUUACAAGUUUCAGGCGUUGUCGGAAGAGUAUCAUGGGGGUCUUGUUGGCAAAGCCUAUGGCGUUGUAGUUCGUCCUUCAGGGUAUUGUCCUCCAAGCCGACCCUGUACGGCAUCCCUCCUCUUGAACUGAGCUUUUUUUUUCCAUCAUCGGAGUUUCCAGGCACGAACUGUUUGGUCCUGACAUUGAACUUUCACGGCGCCAAUGCCUUGUCCCAAGUCGUUGUCUCAUGGCUCAUGACAAUCAUCAUAUCCGAAUCAAAUCCUCA